AUGAAAAAUAAAAUAAAAGUUUUUAUUUUUAUUUUCAUUUUGUUAAAUUUAAUAAAUUCACAAUUAACACCAGAAUCACCAACAUUAACAGUUAAAGAAUUAUUAUAUGUGAAUGGCAGCAACACAUUUUUUGUAUAUCCAACAGUUUCAAAUUCGCAGUUGUGCUUAGUUUAUAUUCCUUUUCAAAUUGUAUCUACCCAAUACCAAUUAAGUAAUAUAUUAAUCAGUCCAUCUAAUUCAUCUGAAACCAAUUAUAUAUCGGAUGAUGGUAGAGAAAGAUCGAUAACCUACACAAAUAAUCAUCCACCAGGUGUAUUCAAUUCAACUUUAUCAGUAACUGAAAAUGGUAUUUCUUAUACAUUUGCAUUUAGUGUUCAUUGUUUGGAGGUUAAUUAUAAUAAUUUAAAAUAUCAGGUUAUAAAUACUGGUAUUUAUUAUUAUUCAUUGGCAUUCACUGUAAAGUUUGAUUUGUUCGAUCCAAGUUAUAAUGUAACAUUAAGGUUUGAGGGAAACACAGCCCAGUAUUAUAUGGGAAAUAAUCAAUACUUUGUCUCUUUUCUAAUCAACAAUCCAACAUUUUUUACUCCGGAUAGUAAUGGAAAUAUAGUUGUAAGGUUUAAAACUCCAGAUAGCUAUUAUUCAAUAUCAUUAAAAUCACCAUUUAAAAGUUCAAAUGAUCAUGCAAAGUUAAAACCAUAUAUGUCUUUUAGCUCAAUACCAAGCUUAAUGGAGUUAAGUGAUUAUACUACAACCAAUAAUUAUUUUUAUACAAAUACAUCACUCAUUUCUAAAUCUUAUCCAGAACCAUAUUUGAUAUCAUCUCAAAAUGGUAGCUUUACAUAUUUAAACGUAUUAUCAGUAGACCCACUUCAAACAGCAACAUUCAAUCUUUUUUAUUAUAGUUUGACCAAUCUUCUAUUUAAUGUCUUUUCUUAUACAGCAGAUAAAACAGCUUUAUCAUUUAUAGACCCAAAUUUAACUCUCGAUCAAAUAGCAGAUGGAUAUACAGAAAUUUUAUUUUCAUUUAGUUCUAUUGAAUAUCCAUACAUGAUUCAGAUAGGAAGUCCACUAGUAUCAUUUAGAUACCCAUUUGGUGUUACACAGUCAAGUGGUACAAAUCCCAGUUUUUCAUUUCCAAUUAUUAAUCAAGGAUCUAGAAAGGUUGCAUUAUUCCUCUCACUUUUUGUUAAUAAUGGAGCAGAUAAAAAUUUAAAAUUUGAACCUACUGUAAUUAGAACUAUAGAAGAGGUACCAAAAUCUUAUAUUCUAUAUUCAAACUAUAAUUAUAAAUAUAAGGUUGGAAGUGAAAUUAAAUCAUUAGAUACUGUGGAAAAAUUGGAUUCUAUUCAACUAUCAAAUUUUAAUUAUGAAACAGGUUUAAAGAAUAUAAGAUUCUAUCACAAUGAUUUAAAAGUAACAAAUAAUAGAGUAUCAAAUAAAAUGUAUAUUACACUGGAGAACUAUCCAAUUGGCAAAGAAAUUAAAGUAACUUUCAUAUAUUCUGAUUAUAGAGCAAAUGAAAAGAAGGAUACUGUUUAUUCAACAUAUAAUGCAACUUCAAAACAGUUUGAAUUUGAAUUUAUUGUUCCAAAGAACAUUAAAACUGGUGAUGUUAGUUAUACAAUUUCAUUAGAUUCUUUGGGAAGUUAUAGUUACCACAGUUUUGCAUUAUCUUCUGCAUAUCAGUUAAGAGUUGCUGAAUCAAAAAAUAUUGAUUUUAUUGGGCCAUUGGUUUCAGAUUUAAAGAUAUUAAAAUCACCAAAUGAAAAUAAAAUAUUGUAUGUGUUAGAAAUUACAGAUAGUUCAAAUGGUUUUAAACAAGGAUAUCUUUUAGUUCGUGGUACAAUUGAUAUUGCCGAAAGAAAUAUUACAAUAAAUCCAUCCAAUUUGUAUGCUGGUAAUAUAUUUAAAGGUGGUUAUUUUGUAGAGCUUCCUUUUGACAGUCCAUGCAACUCUCAAUUAUUUGAAAUUGUAUAUGCAUAUUUUGAAGAUACUGAAGGUUACUCAACUGAAUACGAUGUUUUAAAAUCAAAUAUAAAGAAUCCAUUUUAUUUAUUAGACCAAGUUAGUCUUAAAAUUGGCUCGAUUUGUGAUGGUACAACAUCAAAUAAUGGUAAAAAUUUUCCUGCACAGCUUGUUUAUUUAUCAAAACUUCCAAAUUUGACAUUCUCAGCAAAAGAAGAAUCAAGAACCCUUUUAUUUAAUUAUACAACAUCUCAUCAGAAUGGAAUUUCUUCCUAUUAUUUACCAAAGGUUUAUUUAGCAAACACAAAAAAUCGAUAUUUAUCAUCUACUGAAACUGUUAUUUUGAAUUCCAAUUUAACACAUACGACCUUCUCAUCGAAAAUAGUACUUCCUUUAUUAUUUGAACCAAAUUCCAGAGUAUCCAUCUAUGGAGUAUUAUCAAGAAGUGGUGUAACUGCAGGCUUCACACCAAAAUCAAUCGAUGAUAAAGGUUUCAUUAGUGUAAUUAAUUUUCAAGUUAAUCCACAACCAGUAAUAACCGGUUCUUCAAAACUAUCAAGUACAGGUUUGGGUGGUCUUUGGAUCUAUGGUUCAUCUUUGGAUUUAGCAACAAUUAUACAGAUUCAAUAUACCGAUGAAGUAAAUGGUAUAUUCAAAUCAAUUAGUCCAACAUCAAAUAAACCAACAGCUAUAUAUUUCGAAAAAAUCAAACCAACCACUAAACCAAUUAAUAUUAUUGUUGGUAUAGAUAGUUCUACAUUGGGUGAUCCAUACACAAUUAACCCAAUAGUCUUUGACUAUAUGGAGCAGGCCAAUACCAAUACAUCAUUAUGUAGGGGUACACCUUUGUGUGGAGGUCCAGACCAAGGUGAAUGUCUUUCAACAGGCUGUAAAUGUAUAUCUCCAUGGACUAGCGAUGAUUGUAUGUCUAGAGUUAUUCAAGUACCACCACCAAAUGCAAAUGAAACCACACCAUCAACUAAUAUUACAAUCGGUGAAGAAACAACAUUUACAAGUAUAGUAUCAAUAGUUGGUAUAAAAGAAUUGGAUAUCGAAUCAAAAGAAGUAAACAGAUAUAUUUUUGAUCAAUGGGAAUAUAGAGAAAUAUUUAAUGAUUCAUACAUUUCAAGAUACAGCUAUUCAUCAAGUAUCAAAAAAGAUAGUGAACAAGUAUCCAAUAUCACUGUAACAUUAGAUUGGUAUAAGGUGGAAUCAAAUAUUCAUUUUGCUGAUGAAGAAAUUCAUAUAAUGCCAUCAACUAUUAAAUAUACGAUCAAAAUUACAAGCUAUCCAUUUUCAACGAAACUAAAUACAUUACAAUUAAUAAUGAAAGCAUCUAUUCAAACUAACAGUAAAAAUUCUUGUUCAAAUAAAAAGUUUGGUGAAUCUAUAAGAGAUAAUUCAGAUUAUAUAAAGCUUCAAGUCGAUAAUCAUUCAUUCUAUGGCAGAUUCGUCAAAAGAUGUAUCAUUGAUGACACAAAAAUUUCAACAUUAACAAAUACAAUUUUAGAUUCAUCAAUGAAUGAUACCUUAUCAAAUGAUCAUCAAACAUCUCAAUCCUACAUUGGUAUCAAUAUUAAUCAAUUUACCGAUAAUGUAGUAAUUGAUCCAGAUUUCAGUAUAUUAUUAGAUUCAAACUCUGUAGGUUCAAGUUGUAGAGAUAACUCAGGCCUUACCAAAUCACAAUUAGCAGGUAUUAUUCAGACAGGUUGUAUUUUUUAUUAA